AUCGUGAAGCAGAACACAACAACGCAUUUUCCCUCCUCGUUUUCGGCAGCUCGCCGCGUCCGUGCAGCUGCGUUGUGUUUCGUAAGCGGCCUACCGGGUCUGCUAAAUAGUUGUUCUUUCUUCAUCCCAACAGUGGCCCCAAUUCUAUCAUGUCCGAUGUGGUGGAUCCCGUCGAGCAUAUGCUAAAGAGUACCGGUUGCCUGAAUCUCCACUACAAGGUGCAGGAGUGCAUUGCCGAAACCGGCGACUGGCGGCUCUGUCAGGACGUAGUUAAAGAUUUCAAACACUGCAUGCAAGAUUACACCGACAAGCAGCGGGCAAAGUAUAGCGGGAAGUAAUGAGCGCGCUGCUCCGGAAGUUGUUCGCCACGGUAGGAGGUAGUGUUGUUGGUGGUGCGCCCAUGAAAAUGGUGCUGGUAGUGCGGUCCGAUUUAGGGC